AUUUACUUUUUUUAUUAUUUAUCAUGAUAUCAAGAUCAAAAGUUGAGCAUAUUAUUUGCCUAGGUCUCAACGGAAUCAAUAUUAUACUUUAUUUACUGGUGAUAGUUGCGGUUAUAUAUAAAUGCAUAGGCGGCAAAUUUUCUGAGAUUGUCUUGGGGAUAUAUGGGAUCAUUAUGGCAGGGCUGCUCAUUAUAAACGAAUUACAAGAGAUAGAAUUUUCGCAUACAUACUUCUUUUUUUUAUCGACUUACAGAGGCAGGGGAUUAAUCAUGAUUUUUUUUGGCUGUCUUGUCCUUGAUUAUGGUAUAGUCAAUAUUGUGGUGGGUACGCUUGUAUUAGCUACAGGAUUGUUAUACAUCAUUAUGUCGUUCCUAUCAAAUUUUCCACAACAACACCCAAUCACAAUAAAUUGGAGAAAUUGGAACGAUUUCUCAGCAGAAGGACUUGAUUUACCUCACCCAAGGAACAUAAAUGACCAUGUGGUGAGCCAAGUCCAUGAGCGACUAAGAUCUCCUGCACCCAUUAUACCCAACCAAUCAUUCCUAGAGCAUUCGCUGUUAGGACACCAGACACAUUUAGAUGAAAUGACACAUUCAGAAAAACAGCCCAUAUUUAAUAAAAUAAACCAAAAGAAGUGAUUA